GCACUUCAGGAUACAUUGCCAAGUGUUGGCCAACACACAACACAGCGGACAGAACAUCCAGACCUUGCACCCCAGCCACUUGCCCUCCACAAGGCCAGCUCGAACGCCGUAACCACAGAGAGUAUCAUGACUGGUUCCUACUCCACACCUCAGACGACACACACUGAACUCACAAGAUCAUCGACGAUGGUCUCCGAGUGCAGUACGACCCAAGCCGUCCAUCCAGGCUAUUGCCCAACACCGCAGCCUGCGAACGAAUAUCGGGCUUCCCCUCAGCAAGCCGAACACCGUCAGUCAGUGUCUUCGGCCUCUUUCGCUAUGCCUCCACCGCCUCCACCGCCAGCACAAUCUGCGGCGAUUCCCCAGCAAGCUGCCACGGCUCCAAUCACGACCAUGGCAUCAGCGACGUCAUAUUAUGCAACGGCCUCUGGUCAGACAUCGCCUCCCGUAGGUGUCACCAACGUCGAGAGUCAAUACACGCCUAUCUACGCAACGCCAGCGCCGGCAGUGCCAGUUUCAAACGCAGCAGCAACACCGCCACAUCCACAGUUUGCGCCAGUUCAAGCAUAUAAUCCCGCUGCUGUUGCGAUACAGCAACCAUACAUUCCCUCGCCAUCGCAGGGGCCCAUGACCCCGCAACAGCAACAGCCGGCGGCCAUGUAUUUUGCUCCGCCCCCCGAGCAAGCUUCCAUCACUACAGGUCCGAAGGGCAAGAGAAUGAGCAUGCUUUCAGCGGCAACUGGGAAGCUGGCAUCGGCCAUCUCCAACGUCAAACAAAACGUAGGACAACCGCAGCAGGAACAACACCACAUUUCCGCCUACAACCCAGCCGACCCAGUACACACGAUGCCGCAGGCCACCCCAAAGCAACAAGGGUAUGCUUACGGGCAGGGUUAUGCUCAGCACAAUGCCAACUUGCAGCAAACCCAAUACAUCAACAACCUGCAAAAACAGCAGCAGCAGCAACAGCAACAGCAAUCAGCACCAUAUGUACCUGCCUUCCAGCCAGUGGCAUCUGCUCCUUUCCCGGCACAGCAAUUGCCUCCCACGCCCAUCUCGCCUCCGUUCUCGCCACCACUUUCUUACAGCCAGAGUCCAAGUCCGCAACACCAGCCUUAUCCAGUCCAGCAGCUCCAGCCGCAGAACACGGGGUAUUUCCCGCCGGUUGCCCCGUCUCCACACCCGCAACAGCACAGCGCCUACCAGAACUCGCCCCCGCCGCCACAGAAUCAGCAGUAUCAGAAUCAGCAAUACCAGCAGCAGUAUCCGCCGCAGAAGAUCCCUGGGGCGUACACCAUUUCUGGAGGAGGGUACUAUCCGCCAGCUGGGGUGGUGGGACAGCCAAUGCCGAUGACGCCGAUGGCGACGCCGUCAGGUCCGUGAGAGAUCAGCUUGUCGGAAAGGAUGAUUUACGGCCAGCACGGUGGGGACGAAUCGAGACAGGAUGAGUAAUAAGACAAGCCGGAAGGGGCCGAGUAAAACUAGGCACAAGCAUAAGCACGAGCACAGGCAGAUGCAAGACGGGCGGACUGUGUCGUACCACGUGGUGUAAAAGUCGUAUCGGGCGCUUACAUAGUAGACGACUACACUAAUCGCAAAUUGGACUGCAUGUGCCAGCUUAACAUUGGACGCAAUGAACGUGCGUGGCAGUCCCUCGAUACAAGACCUGGGCUGAGUAACCCUAUUACAGACAAAUGCAUUCGAUUGGAC